AUGCCUGAUCUUUUGCAAACUAUCUCCCCUUUCUCUAUACCUGUCAUGGAUUGUGAGGACACCUUUGCCUGGAAAUCAGUGGAAAAUGGCACCCUCACCAUCAAGCAUGCCUAUUCCUUCAUUACAAAUCUGGUUCCUCAAGGUGAGUGGUCUCAGUUUCCUUGGGACAUUGACACUGGUCCAGCUCAUUCUAUGAUUGUUUGGAGGCUUUUACAUAAUCGGUUGCCAACGGAUGACAAUCUUGCUGUUUGCAAUCUUCAGCUUCCUUUCACUAUCAACAAGUUAGAGGAUUGUAUCAAGAUUUUAAAGGAUUCUUGGAACCCCCAGGCUCUGGCAAUGAUUAAAGCUAGCUUUGCUCACACUAUUAGCCAGAUUUGGCAAACAAGGAAUUUACUCAGAUUUGAAAACAAAAGCAUACAUUGGAAAAGCUGCAUUUCUACCAUCACUGCCCGUGUGAAGCUUACUGGUAAUCUCACUACCAAAAAGGCUAAUGACUCCAUGACUUGUUUUGCCAUGCUCAAAGCCUUUGGUAUCGAGAUUCAUCCUCGUAGGCAGCUUCGAUAUACUGAAAUUCUUUGGUGUCCUCCACCCAUUGGUUGGGUCAAAUGCAAUAUUGAUGGUGUUGCCUCUGGUUCUCCAAUGCUCACUGCUUGUGGUGGCAUUUUUAGGGAUGACAAGGCGGAUCAUUUAUUCAGUUUCAGCGCCUUCUUAAGUGGUGGAACUCCUGUUUUUUCAGAGUUUAUGGCAGCCAUCCUUGCCAUUGAGAAAGCUAAGGAAUUGAACUGGAACAAGCUUUGGAUCGAGACCGAUUUACCACCAACUUGUUUACAAAGAAAAUACUACAUUGCUGCUGCCAAGGAUCGAACCCUGGACCAACAGCCUACACCCGCUCAGUCAGCAAGUGCCAACUGA